CCUAAUGGAAUUGAAUAUUAUAUCUAGUAUAGCCUGACUGAAGCUUUUUAUAGGGUAUCUUUUAGUCAGCUAAUCAAAAUAAUCGAAUUUACAAAUUGUAUGUGAGUUACUUAGCUUUUUACACAGUUUCUCUCUCUCUCACCGGCAACAUACCCCUUCUCCCCCGCUAAUAUGUGCUCCCCUUAACAAUUAGCCGGAGGCGCGUAAUUGAAGCUCUAAGGUUCGGCCAUAAGACUAGAGUUACGAGCUGCCAGCUGCUGUCUGGUGGCGACCUUAACUGCAGCUCAAGAGUCUGUCAAUCCGAUUAGCUAUAAAAAGGCUUAGGGCACAAGUCGCUUGGGUUUAUUUGUUGCCCGGACCGCCACUCGACUAUUCAGCAUGCGCAUCCGCACAGGGGAUCAACAACUGCUCAUUCUCCUCCUCACGCUGACACUGGAGCCCAGCUGGACAGCCACAAUUCUGCACAGUCUGGCCGGGCCGGGCAGCGCCAGUGCCAUCUCGCAUCAGAGCUUUGUCCGCUUGACGACCAAGCCGCCGCCGUCACCGCCGCCAUUGCAGCUAAUCCUGCAGGAGAUCCCGCCCACAAUGCGCAUUGUCAAUGCAAACGAGCGACGGCUGGAGGUGCAGCAGCUGCUGCCAAGUGGCAGCCACACACCCGCACAUCUAACAUAUGCCGCACGGCCGGUGGUGCACCAGAUGCUGCCCAGGAUUAAGCCGGUGCGGAACAUAAGCUACGCCUCGUUGUUACGCGCCUCUCGAGCUCUGAGUCAGGCACACACGCACACGCACACGCACACUCAGUUGAAGUUUGUUUAGCAUUUUUUAUUUCACGC